CACAAAUUUAAUAUGGAAAGUAACAAGCACAUCGACUCUAAUCAGGAAGUGAAGAUAAAUUUGAUGCCUUCCUUAGAUUUUUAUGAUGCAGAAGGGAAGAAAGAAAGGCCAGCAGGAGCAAUGAAGGAGUUUAUGAAAGCAUCUGUUUAUGAUAUGACAUUGCCAGCUGUUUUCAAGAUCAACUCAGCAUUCACAAUGUGGGAAAAAAUCUUAAACGACUCAAUUGAGCAAAUUGAAGAAGAGAAAAGUAUGGAUAAAAACGUUGCGAAAAAUAUUUCGUCAUGAAAAUUAGAAUAUGACAAUAUCCUAACUUUCUUUUAUGAUAUUGUUGAGUUAAAGAAUGAGAAGAGAGUAGCCAAACUUAGUGAUCAAUUGACCUCAGUUAUUGAUGAUCUCAAAGUACCCCAAAUGGUUCAAAAAUUGAAGGAUUGUGAUACCCUCUUUGAUUUAACUAAAUUCAAGAAUGAUCCAGAAUCUACUAUUAUUCAAAAAGAAGUAAAUUUUCAGACAGAUAAGUUUUCAGAGCGUAAGCCUCUCAAAAUCAUUCACUUCAACGAUGUAUACAACAUUGAGGAAAGCAAGAGUGAGCCUGUCUCAGGAAUUGCCAGGUUUGUCUCUGCUCUCAGAAGCUAUGAUCAUGUAAACCCUUUGAUUUUGUUUUCGGGUGACAUCUUUGCUCCAUCAAAACUGAGUAUUUUCUUUGAAGGAGACCACAUGAUGCCAUUUUUGAAGAAGGCAGGAAUCCAUGUUGCAUGAGUUGGAAACCAUGACUUCGAUUACGGUACGGAGAAGCUUACUGAACUUAUCACCAACUGCGACUUUCCAUGGCUUCUCACCAAUGUAAAAUGAGUUAAAACUAGAGAAACCCUUGCAAAUACAAAAGAAGAAAUAAUUAUUGAGCACGAAGGCUACAAAAUAGCAGUUAUCGGAAUUGCUGAAAUAGAGUGGUUUGAAUCCUUACCACAUUUUGAGAUUCAUGAUGUUCAAUUUGAAGAUCCAAUUGAAUGCUGCCAAAAAUACGUAAAAAAAUUCAAAGAAGACAGAGAAGAUAUUGACUUCCUUAUCGCUCUAACUCAUAUGAGGACUAAAAGAGAUAUCAAACUAGCUCGAGCAGUCCCUGGACUUGAUCUCAUCCUCGGAGGCCACGAUCACCACACUGUAAACCAUGAGAUUAAUGACACGCUUCUAAAAAAAAGCGGAACUGAUUUUGAGGAAUUUACAGUAAUUAAUCUCUCUCUUCACUCCAAAGAAAAGGUGGACUUCACUGAUUUAGAGAAUGUCAUUACUGAAGAAGACCCAAAAGACCUCCAAAAAGGCUCUGUUGUUAAGGAUAUUUCUGGUGGUCCCAGAGAAUACAACACGAUGAUAACCGAAUUUGAGCGAAUAGAGAUCACCUCAGAAUUUCCAAGAGACCCAGAGUUACACGAAAAAGUCGAGCACUUCACAAAAGAAAUAAACGAAAAACUCAAAGUCGUCAUUGGCUACAAUGGAGUUGAACUUAGCUGUAAAUUUACUGAAGUCAGACAUGAAGAGACUAACAUCUGCAGCAUGAUUUCUGAUAUGAUGAACCAUGCUUGAGGAACAGACUGAGCAAUUAUCAACACCGGAACCUUUAGGACUGAUAGACACAUGCCUGUCGGGUUCUACACUAUGGGAGAUCUAAUGGAUCUCCUCCCAAUGGUUGACCAAAUGGCAAUAAUGAAAGUCCCUGGAGACAAGCUCCAUAAGAUAUUGGAAAGCGCUGUAAGCGCUUGGCCAAUGUAUGAAGGCAAGUUCCCAUCAGUUUCAGGUAUCAGAUUUGAAUUUGAUCCUUCAAAGCCAAGUUUUGAGAGAAUAAAUAAAGAGGAUAUCUUGAUCAACAAUGAACCAUUAGAUUACGAUAGAGAGUACAGAGUUGCUGCCAAAGGCUUCAUAGCUGGAGGAAAAGAUGGCUAUGUUGUCUUCAAAGAAUGACAAACUCUUGUAUCAGCUGAUGAAGGUAUCUCUCCAAUGACUGAGAUCAUAAAGAAUCUUAAGCUUCUUGAAGAUCAGCCAGAUACUGAAGAGCUAGUUAAUUUACUCAAAAUAGUUGGUAACGAAGAGAAAGAACUUAGCCCAGAGAUAGAAAAGGAUGGGAAAAUGGUCAGAUUUAUUAUGUUCAAACCCAAGACUGAUGGAAGGAUUGUAAUUACAGGACACUCUUAAGCAGUUCAAACCAUUUUCA